GCAUGAUCAACGCUAAUCAAAUACCGACAAUCAUUGCACCAUGCUGCUACAAGCAGUAUUGCUGUUGGCAUCCUUGCUAAGUCUCAUCAUUGGCUUGCUGGUUCUCUCUGCUGUCUACGGCUACCUUCCUAUCACGAUCAUAAUUCUAGGGACUUCGAUCACAGCUAUUUACGUUUACGUCAAAAGCCUUAAGCCCACGCGAUGCCGACUUGAAAAGGACUUAAACCGCCUUGCAAGUGUCGUUCCUGUCGAUGAGUAUCUUCGAAAGGACUACGCGGCGACCAAUGUUGUCCAGUACUAUGCGAGCACAACGUUUCGUGACUACAAGUUGCUUGCUGCAGCGACAGGCAGCAAUGCAAUGCACAGCUGCCUUAAGCCAGCCCGCUCUCUGCCCUACCGAUGCGGUCACUUAAAGCAGUUGCUGUACGUUAUUGGCCAAAUGGGCGAUGCAGUCAGCGGCGGCAAGGUGCUGGAGGUUGGGUUUGGUAAGGGUUCCAACUCCAUGUACCUGGCCGACCUCUUCCCAAAUGCCCAGUUUCUGGGCGUCGAUCUAGUACCGGACCACGUGGAUUAUGCAACGAACUAUGCCCAGAUGCGCGGCCUGGGGAACGUGCGGUUUGCGGCAGAUGACGCGUCCAACCCAUCCGGCACCACGAAGGCUGCAGGGCCAUUCGAUGUCAUUUUCGGCAUUGAGAGCUUUUGCCAUGUCGACACACCUGAACGGUUAGCUGGCUUCCUUCGAUUCGCAGCCAAGGCCCUGAAGCCCAACGGCAGGCUAGUCAUCGUAGACGGCUACCGGUCAAGCAACUUUGACCAGCAGCCCAAGGAGAUCCAGCAGGCCAUGAUGCUCGCGGAAAGUGGCUUCCGCAUCCGCACCAUGACCUCCAAACCCGCCUGGCGCUCCCUCGCGACCAGCACCGCCGGCCUCACCCUCCUCGACGACACCGACCUGACAACGGAGGCGCUGGCUUUCUGGGCCAAGGGCUGGAAGCUCGCACACGUGCUGCUGGCUUGCGUGCCCUGGUUGCUCCGGACCUACAUUGCCAGCAGCGCCAAGCACGGGGAGACGGGC